AUCUUCUAGCUGCAUGGCAGAAGUUUCGUCGAGCAUAAUAUGCCGACAAUCGCCUCCGAUGACGGAAGGAUGAAGGAGGUCGUCGUGUUCCUCGUACAUUUUCUUAUUAUCAACUGGAAGCCACUCCUGCCUGCCAUACCCGUAGGCACAUCAAGGCGACCAAGAAAAAUAACAGGGCUGCAAAGUAGCAAAACAAGAUGGCUUCAUCUGGCGCAACCCCUACAGGAGCUGCGUCGUCAGCAGCAAGGCGUAUCCUGGUCCUCUACCACUCCCGUACGAACCUGGCCGCGCAAAUGUCCUGUGCGGUGGCGAGCGGCGCGAGACGGACGGUAGGCGUCAUGAUGCACGAUAAGGACUACAGGGCCACAAAAAAGAACGAGGAAAGCAAUAUCCACGUCGAACGGAUCUGUUGUGAAAGACUGCUGCAGCUCAAGACGAUGUCCGGCGCGGCACAACUGAGAACAAGUACCCCGGCGCCGGGACCUGCGCCUUCCGCUCCAGCUGCAUCCGCGUCAUCUUCCUCCUCGCGAAAGAACCCGCCGAAGAUCAUGCUUCCCCCACCAGCAACGGAGUUACUGAAAUCAGCCGCCGGCUUCGUCUUCGUGUGUCCGGAGAAUUUGGCAGCAAUGUCGGGAAUGAUGAAAGAGUUUUUCGAUCAGUACUACUACCACAUGUUUCAAGAUAGCAUGACAAAUGAUUACAACGGAGAUCAUGAACUACAUGAGGAACCGACACUUCGCAACAGACCGUGCGGAAUCGCGAUCAGCUCAGGAAGCGACGGGGAGAAUGCGGGGAGGUAUCCUGUGCAAAAGUAUCGUACUCGUAUCGCAGUCAUGCAUUAAAGGUAAACCCGCAUUACAAAUUUUAUUUCUCAUGCUGAGGAAAUUUGUAAUGCAUUUGUACGAGUGCGAGACAUUUGCGCAGCAUAGCAGGCAAGUCGAGCGGAUUUGCACUGGCUGGCGGUUUAUGCAUUGCAAAAGUAUCGUGCUAGUACAAAUAGCAUUACAAAUUUUUCCAGAAGCAAAAAUGGAAUUUCUAAUGCUGAAUUCGCUAGGACGAAGCCAGAUCUGUCAUGCAUGACUGCAAUUCAUACGAGUACGAUACUUUUGCAGUGGAUACGGGUACGGAACGUCUUGAAGAAUGUAAAUGCUCCUCACAGCUGCAGCUCUGCCGAAGAACAUAAAAGUUCUGGCGAAGGAGCUGCUGCACGACCCUUGCCCUUUCUCAUUUGCCGCGAGGAGGCGAUCCAGCUCGACAAAGGAAUAAAGCAGUAUCCUGUGCAAAAGUAUCGCACUCGUAUAAAUACACGGCUUGCAUUACAUACAAGUCCUUUCCUUAAGGCAAAUCCGCAUUUACAAAUUUCAUUUUUCAUGCUGAGGAAAUUUGUAAUGCAUUUAUACUAGUAUGUAGUGAGGUCACCGAACGGUUCUAACCGGGGAGUUUUUUUGCCAGCCAGACAGCAAAACGGCCGCCAGUUUUCAAGCGGGUGGAAGCGUUUUUGGACAUAAAAAGUUUUCACUUAUCAAGCGGCCGGGGCUUUGAUAGCAAACAAGCCCGGUCGAAAACUAUCGAUUCGCACUUGAUAAAACGACGCAGGGGAGCCGGCAAAAGGGGCGCCCUUUUGAGGCGCCCACCGCCUUGGUUUCUGGCGAUUUGGGGCGCCCAAAAAGGGGCGCGCAAAAAACGCGCCCAAAAUCAGAACAGCGAAACAGCAUGGCGCGGCCGCGAUUUCGGAGCAUUUUGGGCGGCCGCGAAAGCGGCCGCCUUUUCGCCGGCUUUAGAGCCUGGGAAGCUUUGCAAAAAGCGCCGGCGUGAAAAAUAAAAACGCGAAAAAGAAAAAGCGCCCCAGACGCGCAAAGCCAAUCCGCAUGCUACGGGCCCAAUUUUUCUUCGCUUUUUGGGCGCCCCCUGUGGCACCCGGAUCGGCCCCAUAGCAUGGGGGCUGGCCUUCGGAAAGGAAUUUCGCGAAUUUGCCAAAAUUUGCGAUGUUUAUGAAGCGGCCGCCAUACCGUGCGGCCUAACGUUACUCGCGGCGGUAUGGUGAGCCCAUAAAAAGCAAAGCCACGGCCAAGGCGAUGGCCGGCAAGAAAACGCCCACGACCUCACUACCCCCGCCCCGGCGGCUAUAUUUGGUACGUUGCUUUUGCAAUUCAUAAGCAGACGAAAAAAACAAUUUUGAACCCGGGGAAAAAAUUGAACUAUGAGGACCGGGUGAAGUGCGAAGAUUUAGGCAGUUUGGUAGCCGCACAUGUCUGUUUGCAAGAAGUGGAAGAAAAAGAUGACUAGCCGUAAUAUUAUACAAUGUUGUGUAUAAAAAUAUUUCUCCGUCCGGAUGGUCACGUCGCCGCGCUGUUCUCAUUUAGAUAGGAGUCGCUAAAUUUUCGUUUUUUCCGGAGCGUUUUUCUUUUUUUUUCAUCAUCAGCCUGUGCUCCAAAUAAAAGGGGCGAGAGAGCGUCAUGGAAAAGGAAAUGAAACAAAAUCGAAUUAUUCAAAAGCUGCAGCAAGAAAGGGCGUGCUGCAAUGAGGGAUGAUGUCCAAGAAAGCCAAAGGCAAUAAAACCGUAUUAACCGAGCGAGGGCAAUAGAAGGUGAACGAGAGGGGCUCUAGAUGAAGCUAAGCAGCUUCUGCGAGAGAAAAAAAAACUUUACCAAGAGAGGACCACCCUGUGUCUAAUGUGUCUGACACAUAUCAUCUUCACAAAACGCUGCAAACAGGACACCAACAAGCGUUAUAAACAAAUUAUUUGAGGCUAGUAGAAGAAGUUGUAGCUGCUCUCUCUUCAAGAAGUUUCUGACGAGAUGACUCCCAACCUUCAUCGUGCCUCCACUGUUUAUUGAAACUUUUAGUUUUCGUUAACAAAACACAGUAAGAAUCAUGACGAGAAGUGCAAGCGGAAGCUCCAUCUACAAAUGAAACAUCAAAUUGACAUGAGUUUAAGUUUACAAGUAGAAUUGAACAAAUAGCCUUAGCCAAGUAGUGGCACAGCACGACACAAGAAGUUAGUCCAGGAACAGUAGCACUUCUACACAGUUUUGAAUGAUAACAUAAAGAAAACUCGACCGCUAGUGGUAGUAGGAAGGGAAUUUAGGCGACCACCCUGUCCUGGACAACGCCAAUCGCAAGACUACUAAUCGAAGUCGAGAGAACGAAGCAAGAGGGCACUAGUAGUGCAACUACUGCUUCCACCACUACGACCACCACUUUGCUGCAGCUGCACGGCAGCUGCAGCUGCCGUGCAGCUGCAGCACAUUGGACCCCGAAAAAAUACGCGGAGGAAUUCGCGGAGAAUUCGGGGAGGGCGUGCUGCGGGGCCGCGGCCAGCGCCGCGGUUUGCUGCGGUUCUUGUGCAUGCUAUACCAUGCACAAAGCGUCUCAACAGUACGAAGCACAGCACGUCCACGGCCUCUCACCUGGAUCUGCAUGCCUGCACGGGCUCGCCACUUUCGAGCUAGGGUGCCUUACCGGAAAAGCUUACAUUGACUGGAAGCGCGCUGUGCGAGGACCACCGGAACGGCAAGUGAUGCUCGGACAGCAAGGGAUGUUGCCCGAACAGUGAUUUGAGCUAACACGCCAUUCCGUGCGACUGUUGUCGGUCGCGCAGGUCGCGUGAUUACGUUCUGACAGGGUUUUAUUUCUUCACAUGGUAGCUAGUAUAUGUGUUAUUUUAAUUUUUUUUUAGGAUCCACUUCCACUGUAUAAUUAUUUCAUUUCAUCGACGUCACACCCUUCGUCCGCCCCUGGUGUGGAGAGGGGCAGGCGUGACAGGGGCCUUGUGCUGCCCAGUUGCGCUACUAGAGGUGGUAGUAGACGCAAAGACUAAAUCGCGCAAACUAAGCGGCAGUACGCCGCUGCUCCUGGCGAUUGAAGAAGGGCGGCGCCCGCAAUCCUGCGCGCGCGUGAACUUCUAAGCGUGAAGACUUUACUACCUACGGAGCGCAAAGCUAAGCUUUCGGGACAACAAGAGCUCUUGUCCAUCGAGUAAGUAAUGAGGAGCAGCGUCGUGUCCAUGUGGACGAUGAGCUAUGGAAGCAAGAAUUGCGUAUGAGUCCAGGAGACUCAUACCACGUGUACACUUUUGCACAACUUCUCGAGCACCACGCGUGCAAUGACUGUUAGCAGUAGAGAAGAUUAAUCACGUACGGGGCCAGGCUCCAGCCGUACGCCUAGCGGAACGGCGCAGUGGCUGGUGCCUGCUUUCGAGGAAAAAAUAAUUUCUUCGUGCCCGACGUGAGCCCCCUUAUAUAAUCAACAAAAAACCGGGAAAAAAUUUUGGAUAAGACGAGAAAUAAUUAUUUUUUGCCCCUACCAGUCCUCGUGCGGGAGCGGGU